AUGAAUUUAAUAAUUGUGUUUUUAUUUGCGGUAGCAUAUUGUUAUCCAAUUGUCGUCACGAAUACAGACUUAAGUUCUAAUGAUCUAUUUAUUAAUUAAACAGAUCUGCUCAAUAAAAUUAGAUAGCAAGUAUAAUAAUAAAUUUUGAUUUAAGUAGGAAAAUAAAAAGGUUGUCUUGAUAAAUAUACAGACUUCUCAUUAAGAUAAUGAAAUAUUUUAAAGCAAGCUACUUAAAAAGAUAGAGAAUUUAAAGACAUUUAAAAAAUUACUAAAAUCUAAAUCCACUUUCGUUUCCCCAUUUGUAGAUUAUUCUCCAAUCUAAUUUAUUCAAGGACUAUAAAAGGAUAAUCUAGUAAUAUAAAUAAUAUAUAAAAGAUUGAAGUUUAAAACAUCCCAAUGAACUUUUAAAAUCUGAAGGGAUUAGAAAAAUUUUCUUAACAACAAGAUGUAAUCUUAGUUGUAUUAUUUUCCAAAAUAUCUUCAAAUGUUAAGGUAUUAGAAGAAAUAACUGAAACUUAAGAAGUAUUUAUUAUAUUUCUAAUAUAAUAGCCUUCCGAAUAAAUUGUAGCUGUUGAAUUAUCAGAUGAGUUGGAGCCUCCAGAAAAUACAGUAUAAAUUAUGAAUAAUUAAGAUUUACACCAUCACUUCAAAUGAAUUAACAGGAUACAUUGUCUUUUUUGUUUCAAUAUUUGCUUUAUGGAUAGCUGUUUAAUGUAACGGAGCAAUUUAAACUCCUGAGAGAUUUUCAAAAUAAAAUUAUUACAUAGGAAAAGAAAGUUGAUUAAUUUUAUAUGUUUAAAUGGAAA